AUGGUAUAUCAGGACCAUUUAACUAAAUUUGUCGUCAUAAAACCACUAAAGACAAAAACUGCAGAAGAAGUGGCUUAUAAUUUAAUUGAUAUUUUCACUUUACUUGGAGCACCUUCUAUAUUACAAUCCGACAACGGUCGUGAAUUUUCCAAUCAAAUUGUUUGUAACUUGAAAAAUUAUUGGCCCAAUUUAAAAAUCGUUCAUGGAAAACUUCGACAUUCCCAAAGUCAGGGAAGUGUCGAACGGGCAAACCAGGACAUUCAAAAUAUGUUGAUGACAUGGAUGAGGGACAAUAAUACUUCAAAGUGGAGUGAAGGUCUAAAAUUUAUUCAACUGAUCUAG